GCUGGGCUUGUAACUUGACACCUGGCUGCGCGGUUCGUUUGCCAUCGUUUUUACCCUCAGAAAAAUCUAUUUAAAAAGGAAAGCGAUGAGUCCAGCGCUUCUGACUCCGUAACCCCGCUCAGAAGAACCCACGCAGCUUUCCUCACCGGCCGCAGCGUCCCUCAAUCUGGAUCGGCAUAAAUGAAUGAGCCACAAGGGAAUAUCGCCAGACGAUCGCAACCUGGAAACUCUCUCUUGUCAAACAAGACAACCAGGAGGAUUCUAUGUCGAGCUUGACAGGCAGCUCAGCAUGACUUUUUAUGUCUGGAACUUCAUCUCAAGAUUGUCAAAUGCGUGAAACGGCGGCCGGUGUUUUCUGCCCCCCUCGCAAAGGAGUCACGCUGUGAUUAACGGAUCAGGUUUUUGACUGGCAGGACAAAUGAAUACAAAUGAAUUUAGGCACCCGAAGGAGAGAUUGCAGAACCUCUCAUCUAGAUACAAAGAGAGCCCUAUUGCUCUGUGCAGUUUUAUAUUGUACUUGUUACCUGGGACAUACACAAGAACACUCUGAAGAUGUUGAUAUCCUCCAAAAGUUGGGGCUUAAGGGACAGAAGCUGUCACGUUCUGUGCCAGAAGGGGUCAUUCCAUUCAGAGCGGGGAUCAUCCUCAACCAGAGGGCGCAUAUUGAGGCUCCAUUGCACUCAGUCCUUCCAGCGGCCAUCUGGCCCAAGUUGGCACUGGUCCUGAGUGUACGCUCACAUCGUGUAAACAGUGCUUUCCUCUUCACUCUGCUUUCAAGCAACAAGAAGCUCCUUCUUGGUCUGCAGCUUGUACCAGGUAGUCUUGUCCUACACACAGGACCGAACACCUCAGUGACACUGCCCUAUGAGCCCCAUGAUGGCCAGUGGCACCAGUUGGCACUGGGAAUUAAUGGAAAGACAGUGACUCUAUAUGCCUCCUGCGGAGAGCAGAGUGUCCAGGCAGACUUUGGGUGGGACAGUGAGGAGGGACUGGCUCCAGGACGCCAGGGCUCCUUCUUGCUGGGGAAAUCAAGCCAGCACCAAGCAUCAGGAUACUUUGAAGGAGCAAUUUGCCAGUUUGAUCUGGUCCCUUCUGCACAGGCAGCUCACAACUACUGCAAAUACAUUAAGAAACAAUGCAGGGAAGCUGACACUUACAGGCCUAACCUUUCUCCUCUACUGCCUAUUCUACCAAGAGUAACAAACAUUUCAGCUACUCCUGCUACCCCUAAGCGUGGCGGUUCAGACGCCGCAAGGAAGACCACAAAGUCGAGCCUUGCCAGGAAUGUCGCCGCUGCUGCCUCAUCUGUCAGGUAUGGGGCCCCCGACCAUAAAAAAAAGCUAAAUCAGACAACCACACCCGCUCCCCUGCUAGUAACUGUGAUGCCAACCACAUCCCAAUUGGGUUUGGUCGUCCCUUCUUCCAUAACCAAGACUGAAACUGUAACAGCACCACUCAGGACACCAGCGCCGCACACAAAAUCUCCCCUAACCCCAAGCUUGAAAGCGUCAAAUCACAAAACUGCUAAGCCCACACCACCAAAGCCUACUCAUCAAAGCACCUCAAAAGAGACUAUAACAAGAACAGACAAGAAGAAACUUACCACUCAAGCCACCAAAUCCCCCAAAACCAAACAUGACACUGUUUUACAAGACCAAGCUAGAGUCCCGAACCAACCCCAGCCCACAACACCCAAGAAAAUACUCCCCAAGUCUAAGGUUUCUCCAUCCAAAGCUCCUUUGCCCAAUUCCAAAUCAGAUUAUGUCAAAGCAAUCCCCUCUAAACCAACACUAUCCAAAGCAAAGUCCUCAAAAUCAACAGUCUCCAAAACUACAACUGCUAAGCCUCCAAAGCCAAUUUCUAAGCAAACUACCAACCCAACAAAGAAACCCAAAACUACCAAGGCUUCAGUCACUCCUCGACCGACCAAGCCUACAGACAACGCAGUAACGCCACCUGCCACCGAUGGUUUCCUGAGCUGGGAGGUGCCACCAACACAGUUCUCAAUGCUGACAGGACCAAAGGGAGAGAAAGGAGACCCUGGCCCACCGGGACUGCCAGGACCUUCAGGGAAACCAGGCCUGCCAGGCGAGAGGGGUCCGCGGGGUGACCCUGGCCCCCAUGGGAAUCCUGGUAGACCUGGUCCACCUGGGCUAAAGGGGAGAAAAGGAGAUCCUGGCAUUUCACCUGGGCCAGCACCUAAAGGAGAGAAGGGAGACUCAGGGAUUAUUGGCCCAGUUGGACAGCCUGGACAAGAGGGCCGAAAGGGACAGAAAGGACACCCCGGUCCACCCGGACUUCCUGGAGAGACAGGAGAGCAGGGUCCAAUCGGAAGCCCAGGUGCCAAAGGUUAUCCUGGCAGGCAGGGUUUACCGGGACCUAUUGGACCAAAAGGGCUGAAAGGCGUUCGGGGUUUCAUUGGAAUCCCAGGCCUUUUUGGCCUGCCUGGCCCCGAUGGCGAAAGAGGAAUUCCGGGUGAACCAGGGAAGAGGGGCAAGAUGGGUAGGCCGGGGUUUCCAGGGGACUUUGGAGAGAGAGGGCCACCUGGACCAGAUGGAGAGCCAGGUGGCCUAGGAGCCCCGGGUCCGAACGGAGUCCCUGGACUAAUUGGCGAUAUGGGACCGGUGGGAGAAAUGGGCCCUCCCGGACCGGCUGGACUCAAGGGGGUACCCGGAAAUUCUGGAGAACCAGGACUGAAAGGUGAUAAGGGGGACGUUGGGAUUCCUGGACAGCAGGGGGAGACUGGGUUCAAAGGAGAUAAGGGUAUCCAAGGAGCUCCAGGUUUACCGGGAAUUCGUGGGAAACCAGGACCACAGGGGAAACUAGGAGAGAAAGGUCCCGAUGGAGCACCUGGCCCACCAGGCCCCGAGGGUUUCCCUGGUGACAUGGGACCACCGGGAGAGAACGGCGUCGAAGGACCAAAGGGAAAAAUAGGAGACCGAGGUUUACCGGGGCCCCGAGGAAUUCCUGGCCUAGAGGGAGACGAGGGUCCGAUCGGGCCACCGGGACCAUCAGGACUUGAGGGUAGAAUGGGAAGAAAAGGAUUUCCUGGGAAGGUUGGCCCGGAGGCAGUGAAGGGAGAAGCCGGUGUCCCAGGAAAAGUUGGGUCCAUGGGAGAACAAGGAUUGAUGGGAUUCAUCGGACCUGUGGGAGAGGCAGGGCUGGCAGGAGAGAAGGGAGAUCGAGGAGAAAUGGGCCUUCCCGGACCACCCGGAGUAAAAGGAUCAACGGGUCACCCAGGGACGCCAGGUCAGACUGGACCUCCUGGACCUCCAGGAAGACCAGGCCCUGCCGGAGCAAGUGGGCCAGCCGGCACCAGAGGACCCAAAGGCUUGCGGGGAGCAAUGGGGCCUGAUGGUCCAACAGGAGAGAUGGGGUCAGAGGGCAAGAAGGGUUCCGAUGGUCCUCCAGGAAAAAUAGGUUUCCCAGGAUCACAGGGACAUACUGUUUGUUUUGUUUUGUCUGGCGGUGCUACAGUGACCUCUGUUGGUGAAGUGACACAUGUCUUGUUUUCUCAGGGAGCAAUGGGGCCUGAUGGUCCAACAGGAGAGAUGGGGUCAGAGGGCAAGAAGGGUUCCGAUGGUCCUCCAGGAAAAAUAGGUUUCCCAGGAUCACAGGGAAAGAUCGGAGAGCCGGGAGACACUGGGCCAAAAGGUUUUCCAGGAAUCCAAGGGCCUUCUGGACCUCCAGGGGACAAGGGAAUAGCCGGCGACCCGGGACCACCCGGACCACCUGGGACUGUUGGAUUGUUAGGGGAAAUUGGUCCUAAGGGUCCUGAUGGCAAAGAGGGUGAACCAGGACUUCCAGGCGAACCUGGGGAGAAGGGGGGGCUUGGACCAGCAGGGAACAUCGGAGAGCAAGGACUGAUAGGGCAGAGGGGCGAGUCAGGUCUAGAGGGAGAAGCUGGUCCAGCUGGUCCUGAUGGAGCAAAGGGUGAAAAAGGUGACAUGGGUCAGGAGGGUGACAAAGGUGAAAAAGGUGAAACUGGACUAAAGGGAAAGGAAGGUCCACCUGGUAGUCCUGGACUCACUGGCGUCCGGGGUUCAGAAGGAAAGCCCGGUAAAAUCGGCGAACGAGGCAAACCAGGCCUAAAGGGGGCUAAAGGUCAGCUGGGUCACCUUGGAGAAACUGGAACAGUGGGAGAGACCGGACCGCCAGGAUUUGUAGGACCGAAGGGUUCCAGAGGGACUAUAGGACAUGUGGGAGCGCCGGGCCGAAUGGGUCAGCAAGGUGAAGUUGGUCUUCUAGGCUACGAGGGCCAUCUGGGACCACAGGGCCCCAUGGGGCGUCCAGGACCAAAAGGUGAAAAGGGUGAGCAGGGUGACGACGGGAAGCAGGAAGGUCCUCCUGGUCCUCCAGGUCUCAUGGGACCUCCAGGUGACAGAGGAGAGAGGGGUGAAUCAGGAGACCCAGGGUACAAAGGUCAAAUUGGUUUGGAUGGAGAACGAGGCAGACCUGGAGCUCCUGGACAACCAGGUCAUCCCGGGCCUCGUGGACAAAAAGGACCUAAAGGUGCCAAGGGAGACCAAGGUGAAAAAGGCAAAAAAGGACAACCUGGACAAAAAGGAGCUCGAGGAACUGAGGGUGGGGGUGGUCCUCCUGGUCCCAGAGGCGUGGUGGGUCCAGAGGGCCGUGAGGGAGUGCCCGGGGAGGACGGAACCACGGGAAAAGAUGGAAGCAAAGGCAUGCCGGUGAGACUCCUUCACAACUCGUUUCAUAAAAGGAAAAUUUCCUUAACAUCCUGUCAAUUUAUAGAGGUGUGCUUCCAUUUUCAGGGUCCUCCAGGAGACUUUGGGCCAACUGGCAUACGGGGACCGAAGGGGCCACAGGGUGCAAUGGGUGGAAGAGGAGUUGUCGGCCCUGUUGGAAUUAUUGGUCCCAGUGGAAGUGCAGGUCCUAGAGGACAAAAAGGCAACCGUGGAGAGAAUGGAUUUCAAGGUCCCAGGGGAUCACCUGGACCUCGUGGACGUCCUGGACCUCCAGGCCUUCCUGCAAUCCCUCUUUCAUUUAAAAAAGAUGGCCUUGUGAUUGUUGAUUCAGUCACUCCUGUCAGGACUCAGCAUAGACCAGCAAUGGACCUGCCGAUGCUCGACCAGGGUGCAGAGAUCUUCAAGACCCUCCACUACCUCAGUAACUUGAUCCAGAGCCUGAAGAACCCAUUGGGCACUCGGGACAAUCCCGCCCGUAUCUGCAGGGACCUUCACAGUUGUGAACAGAAGUUAAAUGACGGCACUUAUUGGAUAGAUCCCAAUCUUGGUUGCUCAUCUGAUACAAUAGAAGUCUCCUGCAGCUUUACUGGUGGUGGACAAACCUGCCUUAAGCCAAUAACGGUUUCCAAGCCGACAAUCGAGGUUGGUCGUGUCCAAAUGAACUUCCUGCACCUCCUGAGCUCAGAGGCUAUUCAGCACAUCACCAUCCACUGUCUGAACAUCUCAGUUUGGAGGUCAGCUGAGGAUCAGCUCCCUGACCAUCGGUCUGUGAGAUUCAAGGCCUGGACCGGAGAAGUGUUUGAAGUGGGAGGGGAGCUCGAGCCAAGCGUUUUGGAGGACUCCUGCUGGAUAAAAGAUGGGCGCUGGCACCAGACCCAGUUUGUGUUCCAUUUCCUUGAUCCCACCCUGCUCCCUGUGAUCGACAUCUACAACCUCCCAGAAACAAACUCCGCUUCACAUUACCACCUGGAGAUCGGUCCGGUUUGCUUUCUUUGAGGGCCACAGCGUCGGUCGGUCUUCUGAGCACAAAGGGAUGGACAACUUCCCCCUACAAAUCACCUUCAUGCAGGCACGGAGACCAGAAAGGUCAUGUAAUCGUGGCCAAACAUUGUCCAAGUGAGGAAAAACUCACUGCCUGCGUCCACUCCCCACCGCCCAAAACAGACACUGCUUCACAACCAAACUCCUAGUGGACUGCAAGCAGAGAAAAAAGGAGGAGGCAGAGAGAGCAAGGCGGCGGGGUUACAGGAGCAGGGCAGUUCUUGCACUACUGGCUUCUCAGACCAACAAAUGCUUCCUCAAGCUCCUUCGGGAGGAUCUCCAUGUUAAAGGAUAAAAUACCACGCAACAUCUCCAGGACAUUUUAAGUGAACGGAGGCCAAGUUCAGCAGUGGAUAUUUGAAGUAACUUAUUUCCACAAUUGUAUACAGUCUGUAUACUUUGUGUAAUAUUCAGAUUUUGUCAUAGCACCUAAAGUAAUUGGGAUUUUGUAAAUAUAGAUAUAUAUAUAUGCUCUAUUAUUGAUUUUAUACAUGUAUAUCUUUUGUAAAUUAAUAAUCUUUAAGUGCAAUAGAUAAAAGUAAAAAAAAAAUAUUUUGGAACAUAGAGCUUAAAACCAGAUGCUAAAGUACACUGUGCAAAAAGGCACUUAAGCUUUUUCUCCACAAUGUCUAACAUCAAAUUAGACUACGCUUCUCUUGUUUUAGCUGUGUUAUUUGGAUUUCCUUAAUGCCAGAACAGUAAGACAUUUUUUAGAGAUGUUUAAAAAUCCUGUUCAAAUUAAGAGGCUUGCAUGCACUAUGUGAUUACUGUGGCUUUAAGAAGAUGGGUAAAGUCCAGAUUAUGAUGUCAUUUUUGCAAGCUUCUGGUAGGGUUAAUUCACAAUGUUUUAGUUGAAUGAGGAACAUGACUGUUGCUUUAUUGUAAAUCAAUACCUUAAAUGCACUGCUUCCUUGUAAAGAAAAAAAAAGCAUCUCCUAAGAUAGAGAAACACAGAAAAUUGUGGACCUUCACAAGUCUGGUUUAUCCUUGGGUAGCACAAUUUCCAGAUUCCUGAAUCUGUCACAUUCAUCUCUUCAAACAAUUACAUACAAAUACAAACACCAUGAGGAUAUUCAGCCAUUCUGUUAAAGAAAGAGGCAAGUUAUGGAUCUAUGAGAUGAGCAGGUUUUGGUGCUAAUGUGUGUAGUACCCCCAAAACAGAAAUGUAAGGCUAGAAAGAGGGAUUCAUUAUCCACUGUGAAAUGAGUCCUGUGCCGAUAUGUGCUGAAAGGCCACUCUCCAAGGAAGAAGCCAUCAUGGCAAAAGCAACAUAAAAAGUCUGAUUACAGUUUGCAAAUGCACUCAGGGACAACUUUUGGUGAAAAAGAAGGCAAUUUGCAAGACUGAGAACACCACUCCCUGCAUGAAGCAUUGGGUUGGCAGCAUACUAAUAAUGUGUGGGUGUUUUGUUGCAGGAGGGUGUUCUGCUCUUCACAAAAUAGGUCCCAUGAUGAGGACAGAAACGAAAUAUGUUGAAAUAUUGAAGCAGCAUUUCAAAACAUUAUCCAGGACAUUAAAGCUUGUCCGCAGCGUUCCAAAUGGACAAUGAUUGGCAGAGCCCCGAUCUCAGUCCCAUAGAAAUCUUGGGGAUUAAUAUUUCCCACAGUCAUGCAGUUUAAGUGACAAAUCUACCAGACACAAAGAAAGAACAUAUAAAAA